AUGCCUGUCGAUCACCACGAUUCAGACGACGAGGCCCUAUUCGCAUCCCUCGAGAACGAAGACGAAAAAGAUGCAACCUACCGCACCCAACGAAUUCAACAACUAAACGCCGAACUCGCCGCACAAAAAGACAACCGAUCCGCCAAUUCGAACGGUGCCACAUACACACAAGACGGAAGAUACCCCACCCUCAGCAACGAUCAAGGCGUACUAGACUUUACGACCUCGACUACACGAUGUAUUGUUCAUUUCGCACAUGAUGAAUUUACGCGGUGCGCGAUAAUGGACGCACGGCUGGAAGAGCUAGCGGGGAGACAUUACGAGGUGAAAUUUGCACGGGUGGAUGUACGGAACACGCCUUUCCUGGCAGAGAAGUUGAACAUCCGUGUCUUGCCUUGUGUGAUUGGGUUUAAGGAUGGUGUCGGUGUUGAGAGGGUGGUUGGGUUUGAGGGAUUAGGUCCAAGAGGGACAGAUGGGACAGAGGCAGGGUUUAGUGUGACUGUAUUGGAGAAACGAUUACUGUACAAGGGGGUUCUGAUGCAAGCCAAGUUUUCAGCAGAUGAUGAGGAUGAGGAUGAGCACCAGAGUGAGGAUGAUGGAUAUGAUGUUAGGAAAGGAAGUCGUCUUCGGAAGAAGGCAAUCCAAAGUGGGAAGGUUGGACAACGAGGACGAUAUGAUGAUGAUGACGAUGAAUGGGAUUGA